CAAAAACACAGCGAGAAGGGCCAUAGCUAGGAAGGAGAUGGAUACCGCGUCGACUACGUCACACAAUUCAGUCAGGCAGUGGCCACGACGCCACAGUCGGCGAUCUUCACCUGGCGAGAAGAAUUAGAAGGGGUUAGGCGUGCCAUGCACACAUGUGCUGUGCGUCCAUCGCAUCGUGUGUUAUGUGCGGUAGGGGUGUGUGUGUGUGUGUGGGCGUACCGUCUUGGCAGGCUUUCCCGACUGGCUGCCGUAUGACUCGAUGGUCGUCACAAUGUCCAUGCCCUCAACCACCUGACACACAACGUACGUAACGGACACACGACAGACAGGGAAGGCAAUCAGAUCAGUCGUCGGUCGCCUCAGGUGCUGUGUGGUGUGUUUGUGCGGAAGUCAGGUACCGCACCGCACCGCACCCGGCCAGCCCAGGGAUCGACCUUACUGACCUUGCCGAAGACGACGUGUCUGCCAUCGAGCCAGGAGGUCUUGACGGUCGUGAUGAAGAACUGAGACCCAUUCGUAUUGGGGCCUUCAUAACACCACACACACACACACAGAGGUGGAUGGUUGUGUGUGCGCGCUGAGUGGCCGGCCUGUGUGUGUGUGUGUGUACCAGCGUUGGCCAUGGAGAGGAUGCCGGGACCAGUGUGCUUGAGCUUGAAGUUCUCGUCGUCAAACCUAUGUAGAACGAUUUGAUUGACAGACAGGGGUAAAGUGUGUGUGUGUGUCUGUGUGAGUGUACCUCUCUCCGUAAAUGGAUUUGCCGCCCGUGCCGUUUCCCUGAGUAAAGUCGCCGCCCUGGAUCAUGAAGUUUGGGAUGAUCCGAUGGAACGUGCUCCCCUUGUAAGCAAGAGCCUUCCCUACACACACACACACACACACACACGCACACACACACACACACACAGAGCACGACAGACACAUGGACCAUGCCAUGCACUCGGUGCGUUGGGCGCAUGUGCAUGUAUGUGUGCAUCUCACCGGCGGUGUCCGAUUUGUCUCCGAGUGCAAGAUGUUUGAAGUUCUCCACCGUCUUGGGCACCACAUCGCCAAACAGACCUAUCACGAUCCGCCCGGCGGGCUUGCCCUCUAUGUCAAUGUCGAAAUACACCUGCACACACAAGCUCACACUCACGCGACCGCGUGUGGGCGUCUGGCGUCUUCUUGCGUAGGUACCUUCUCAGUGAUUUUUGGAUCAGGCGCCGCGGCACACAAAGCGAUGCCCGCCACAAACAGCGCUCCGCACAGCUGAAAAGGAGAGACGCAUACAUAUGCAGAGAAGAAGCCACAGCACACGAGACACACUGUGAGCUGAGAUCUGCCGUCUUGUCGUCUGCCUGAGUGCUGCUGCUCUGCUCUUUCGCUGUCUGUCUGUCUCGUCGGCUGGCACGGGCUGUCUGCGUGGCCACCGCAACGGACACCACACGGGCUGACGCACACGCACCUUCAUCAUGGCAGAUGGCCAACGGACAGCAGGAAGGAGUAGAGGAAAUGGCACCGGUCACCGGCACGGAGAGUGGCAGGCAGGGAAGCUAGGACAAGCGAGGAACCGGGUCGGCGACGAACGGAUCUUUCGAUCACACGUGUGAUGAUCGAACCGACGAGAUGGAACUUGACGUACACGAUCA